AUGCCUGAGCCAGCAAAGUCCGCGCCUAAGAAAGGCUCCAAGAAGGCCGUCACGAAGAUCGCCGGUAAGGGAGGAAAGAAGCGCAAGAGGUCUAGGAAGGAGAGUUACGCUAUCUACGUCUACAAAGUCCUGAAGCAGGUUCAUCCUGACACCGGUAUCUCUUCCAAGGCGAUGGGCAUCAUGAACUCUUUCGUCAACGACAUCUUCGAGCGCAUCGCCGGUGAGUCGUCUCGUCUCGCUCACUACAACAAGCGCUCCACCAUCACUUCUAGAGAGAUCCAGACCGCCGUGCGUCUGCUGCUGCCCGGAGAGCUGGCCAAACACGCCGUGUCCGAGGGCACCAAGGCCGUUACCAAAUACACCAGCUCCAAGUAGAGAUUUAACCAAGACUCAGUCACCUUAAAGGCUCUUUUAAGAGCCACCCAUCUUCUCGUUUAAGAGAGUUUAUAAUGCUUGCAGUUCAUUCAAGUUUUAACUUGUUUUUGUCUCCGCCUCAGUCU